AAUAAGUACACAUAACUCACAAAUAAAUACUCGUAUGUAACUCCUUUCUCCCCCAGCCCCCCUCUCCCAACCUACAUUUGCCACGCUAUCUAACACCAGCACUCGAUCUCAACGUACCAAGAGAUCAAGAGAAACAUGGAGGGGGUGGAAGAUGAGGCCAAGAAGAAGAAGAAGAUGAGGAGCAAGAAGCGCGCAAGGCUCAAGUCAUUCCUCCACUUCUCCAAGGCCCUCAAGAAGCUCCAUGGCCAUGGCCGUCCGAGCGCCAACGACAACGUUAACCCCUCCCCCUCCCCCUCCGCCGCAGCCGCCGCUGGCUCGUUGCUCUCCGCGUGCAUGCACCCCCGGACCAACUCCUUCUCCUCCGGCGCCCGCCAACGCCACGUCGCUGCCGGUAACCGCGACGACGACGAUGACGACGGCGCUCUUGCCGUCAACUUCCGGUCACUCAGGGUCGGCCCGACCGUCGUUCCUGACGACGACGACGACGGCUCUUCCACGCAGGAGGAUUACGGCGGCUCUGAGAGCGAGGGGGGCGGCGUCGUGGCGGGUAUGGCUGCCAAGGCAGUGGUCUCCGGCGGGGGCGGCGGCGUGGCGGUGGUGACGCUCUCCGUCGCGCCGUACGAGGACUUCCGGCGGUCCAUGCGGGAGAUGGCGGACGCGCACGCGAGGAUGGAGGCCGCCCGCGCCGGGACCCGCGCGGCGCCGGCGGUGGACUGGGACUUCAUGGAGGAGCUGCUGUUCUGCUACCUCCAGCUCAACGACCGGGCGGUGCACAAGGACAUCCUCCGGGCGUUCACCGACACCGUCGCCGCGCUCCGGAGGCGUCGCAGGGCACCGGCGGCGAAGCCGAAGAGCAGGCGGACACGGCAGCCGCGGAGGGGCGCCAGAGGAUACGGCGUCGAGGACGACGCCGACGCCGACGAGGCGAUGGACUCGAACUCGUGAAGUCGUGAUCGUGUCGUGCGUACAUGCUGACGUGCAUGUGUGUAAAUUUGGUAGGCACAGCAGCUCGCCGGACAUGCUGCCGUCGGGCGAUUGCACGGAUUAACUAACGAUCUACGAGUACUAACAUAAUGGUAUGUGUUUAAUAUACGCGCGGUUUAUUACGAGUUUGUUUCAGCCUUUCAGGACGUUUUAUUACUCCAUGUGGACUGAUGUGUCAGGUAGAGUCAAGGGUAUUAAUUCAGUAAUAAGGAUCUGUAUUUGCUCGGACAUUCA